GGUCAAUCACCAGACAGCGGAAGCGAGCCGAUUGGCUGUGCUGGAGGUAAACAAAGAAGCGAGUGUUAGCGUCUCAGCGGGUUGAAGCUAAUCGUCACUGCGGGUGCGUGCAUGUUAAUGUCCCCACUGAAUUUUCCAGCACACCGUAGAGGGUGAACUCGAGGAGCAUGGCACCCAGACGGAAAUUUGAUUUCAAAUUCAAAGAGAGAGUUUUGCAGUAUGCGGAGACACAUUCGGGAGAGAAAACUGCGCGGCACUUUAACAUUGACACGAAAAGAAUCAGGGACUGGAGGAAACAGAAGGGCGAGCUGCUGUUAGCCGACAAGGGGAGAGCACGGCUAACUGGAGGCGGGAGGAAGAAAGUUAGCUUGGAGCUGGAGGAAAGGCUCUCAGAGUGGAUUUACUCAAUGUGGGACAAACAUAACAGAGUAUCGAGAAAUAUGAUCAAAAAGAAAGCGUUGGAGAUCUACCCUUCAGUGAGCGAUGGGGGCAAGAUGUUUGUGGCCAGCACGGGUUGGCUACAAAGAUUUCUAGAGCGCAACGACCUCUCACUUCGACGCCGCACCACCAUGAGCCAGGAAGACCCGAAUCUACUCACUGAGAAACUGGUUUCGUUUGUCGACUACGUUGGCAAGGCGGUCAGCUCUAAAGGGAUUUUAGAGGGGGACAUCAUUGCAAUGGACGAGGCUACAGUUGGGUUUGACGUGUUGUCCCCCACUGCUACAGACACACAAGGUGUGAAGAGCGUGGCUCCGAAAACCACGGGACACGAGAACAGCCAUCUCACCGUCGUCCUCGCCGCCAAGGCCGACGGCACCAAACUGAAGCCGUAUAUCGUCUUCAGAGGGGCUGCUGGGGAAGCGAAGGCGCCGCAGCAGCAGAUCUCCAGCGCCGUGAUUUCCACGUCUGUGAACGGCUGGAUGAACGACGCUCUCACCGCAGACUGGCUGCAGUCCGUGGUGGGAAAAUUCAACGCCACCCCGCGGCUCCUGGUGUGGGACUCGUACCGCUGCCACAUCGGCGCCGCCACCAAAGCUGAACUGAAACGUGGCUACAACAUCACGACGGCGGAGAUCCCGGGAGGCUGCACUAAAUAUGUCCAAGCCCCCGAUGUGAUGUGGAACCAGCCCUUCAAGCGGAGUCUGCAUGAUGCCUACGAUCAGUGGGCGGCGGGGGACGCAGAUAAGGAAUACACAGCCGCAGGGAAGCUAAAAGCCCCCGCCCGCCGCCUGCUGGUGGACUGGGUCGUCGCAGCCUGGGACAAACUGGACCAGGAUAUGAUCAGAGAGUCUUUCAAGGUUUGUGGACUGUCUGUGAAAAGUGACGGCAGCGAAGACGACCUCAUCCUCUGCUUCAGGGAGGGACAGCCCUGCGCCGCCGGGCGGGAGGCUCUCGCUCGGCGCCGACAGCAGAGCCGGGAGAACCGGUGCGAAGCAGCCCAGGAGGAGGAGGAGGAAGAUGAAGAGGAGCUAUUUAACAAUGAACUUGUUGUUCUUGAUGAUGAGGAGGAGGAGAACAAUGAUAAUGCCUCUGUAGAAGCAGCGAUGUCUGUCAUCAUACAAACUCGUGGCGAAGUGGGAGGCGGCGUCGCGGCUCACCUGCAGUGCCCCCUCUGCGGCCAUUUCUCCAAGAGCCACGCCCACCAGCUGUCCCACAUGGCGGCCUCUCACCCCGCCUGCCUGGACGGCGUGACGGUGGGUCGCCUCGGCAACAUCGUGAUGUACCAGAGCACCGCCCGGCUGUUCCACUGCUCCGACUGCUUCUACACCAGCCGAGACUUCACCAAGCUGUACAAACACAUCAUCUCCAAACACUGCAUGGACGAGAGGGAGGGGGGAGGAGGGGACGACGGGAGCGAGAAGGGGGAGGAGGAGGAGAAGGAGGGAGGGAAAGACCCUCUUAAAAGAAAGAGGAGCAGUGAGGCUGAGGAGGAGGAGGAAGGGGAGGGACACGAGGAAGAUGGCGCCUCCCAGAGGCCGGAGUCGGUUAAAGCAGGCGGCGAAGGGGAUGAAAGCGUGCUGAUGUUUGACGGCGCCGGUUACCGCUGCCUCAUCUGCGGCUGGAAGACCAAGCUGAAAGGUCUGGGCAUCAACCACGUGGUGAGGAAACACGACAUCCCCAAAGCGUACGCCGCCCAGGCCAUCCGACGGGACGCCGCCACCCCCAAACACACGCAGAGCAGCGGGGCGGAGGAGGAGGAGGAGGUGGGGUUGAGCGGAGAGCUGCUGAGGGAGGAGAUGGAGGCCACGGCCAAAGUGGUCCGCUUCACCUCCAACCGCUUCGUCUGCCUGAUCUGUGGCUGGAAGACCAAACUCAAAGGUUUUGCCAUCAGUCACGUGGUGCGCAGCCACGACGUCGAGCGUCCGUACGCCUGUAAAGAGUGCAAACGCUCCUUCUUCCUGCCCAGCCGGCUGCAGCAGCACAUCAGAGCGGCUCAUCGGCCCGGGCGCUACGCCUGCCCCUUCUGCUGCUUCAGGUCCCACUUCCUGGGCGGCUUCAGGAGGCACUGCAGCCGCUGCAACGCCCGGGAGGAGGAGGAGGGAGGAGGAGGAAGAGGUGGAGGAGGAGGAGGAGGAGGAGGAAGGCAAGGCGAGGAGGAGGACAAUGAGGAGGGGGAGCACGAGGAGAGGAAGGAGACGAGAGGGGGGAGGAAGAGGAGGAGAACAGGGAGGGUGAUCGUGGAGGAGGAUGAGGAGGACGACUGAAAGGAGGAAGGACUACACCCGUUUUGUGAUUUCCGGUGAUGAAAACUUUACAGUUAGUUUCUUUGUCGAGUCCACGUGAACUUUUUCAGUUCGACGUCAGUGAAUUCAAACAAAAUGAGGUUUUUUAAAUAAUUUAACGCUCGGAAACGUCCGGAGUCACAACCACUUUGGGUUUUUUCUGUAUUUUCUCUUUACUUUUCUUAAACUCUUCACACAUUACAACUACAUUUAACAAACUUUGACUUUAACUGCUGCUUCUUUUGCUCAGAGUUAGUUUGUGUUGCAGAGACGAAUCCUGAAAGUUUUCAGCUGCUUUAAAACGUCGAGGCUUUCGAUCCAGUCGAGUCGCAAACAGGUUCAUGUGAUCAGGUGAUCAACGAGACGCUUAUCAGCAAGAAAAGUCAGAAUUGUGUGUUUUGGUAUUUUUACACCUGUAGAACAUAAUAAUAAUAAUAAUAAUAAUAAUAAUAAUGUUUCCCCGAGAUGUUUCAAGUUUUACGAAAGAGCAGAAAAUGUAUUGAUUAUUACAGAUGAACUCAUUGAAACGUAUUGAUUUGUGAACGGUAUAUGUAGCAUACAGCGCUAUAAUAAAGGUUGAGUUACACUCCAAAAGAACAAGACAGCCACACCCGAAGGUGGAGGGAAAUAAAGUGUUUCCAUCCACCUGUUUUACGCACAUUUUCAAUUUGUGCGUAAAAUAAAAAUAAAAACCUGAAAUUAUUCCUAAAAA